AAAAAAUUUUAGGAAAAAAAAGAUUAUUUAAAAACCAUCUCCAGCAACAUGAUUAAAUUUUUCUGUUUAACGUGAAAUCCCUCAAUUGUUUCGCUUCGGCACAAAUAAUUAAAAAAAUAUUUUGUAAUUACGCAACAUGUGAUUUUUAAUCGGCAAAUGAUUCCUUGAAGCGAAAACCGUUCUUUAAAUUCGCGACAUAUAAUCGAUUGAAGAGCUACGACAUGAGGAAGGUGCCGAGCAAACGAAGUCUCACAAAAUUGCCACGUUCGCGAUUACCGCAGAAACCAUAUGGAUUUUGCUGCGAGGAGAAGGACCAGGAUCCCGAGAAACGUUACGAUAUGCGAAAUCCGCCGUUUUCAUCGUCCUUGACGAACGUUGUCCUGGGCAACGGUGGACCUGGUGUGAAAUUUCGCGUUCAGGACAUCGGUCCGCUACCCUAUCCUAUUCAACGAAGAAUUCUCGAGGACAAAGACAGAGCUUAUCUGGGACGCUGCAAACGAUGUCGGGGUCCCCUGCGAUGGUACCUAGAGGAUGAAAUCGCGCUUGCACGCGAACUCCUCGCCAAGGAGAGACAGGAUAAUUACAACGCGAGCGUAAAAAAGAAUCUGAUGAUUGCUAAACAAAAGGCUAGAGAACGCAGCAGUCGCAAAAAAAGAAAUUUGAAGAGCACUUCUAAAGUUAUACAGGAUAACUGGUAAAAUAAUAUAUAGCCGUGGAAAAAAUCCAUUGUAUACUAUGCGGCGCAUUGCAAGUGUUACAAGGAUCAAAAUAAAUGAUAAAAUUUCCUACAUUUGCGGGAUAAAUAUGCAGACAACUAUAAAAUGCAGCAGGAUAUCUUGAAAUGUUUAUUAGAAAAAUAUAUUUUAGCAGAAUACAAAUACAAAUUUAUACAGCUUUGUCUGUCAGUUACUAUAAACGUAUGUUAUACACGUUAAUAAAGAAUUAUAGAAAGAAACGAGGGAACUAAAUAACAUAGGAUAUUUGAAAUAAAUUCACAAUUCACAUUUGAUAUAAUAUAUGUAUAUAGUUUCAAUAUAUAUAGAUAUGAAAAAUGUACAUAAUAUAUGACACAAAUAGCAGCUUUUCUUUCUCUUACGAUACGUUUUGAAUAUAAAUCAUUUUACUAUAUUCUUAUUAAAGCUCAAGGAAACUUCAAGUUACAAUUCCGUUUUGGACACUGUUGUUUUACAUACCGUAUUAUAACGUUGUGAAAAUGUUUAUUUUUAGAAUCGUGCAUUUAUUGAGAACAAAAAAAAACAAUCUGUGCAUUAUUUUUAUAAGAACAUUGGUAACGUUCAACAGAAAAAGUAGCUUUUGUAGUUGUAAAAUUUUUUAUGAUAAGAUUAUUUUUUUUCUUUUCUUCUUAUCGAAUACAAAUGUCUAAAGCAAUCACUUAUCAAAGAAGCUUGUGGCAAGUUACUUUUUCUCCUGAACGCCAAUUAAAUUAUUCCAAACAUUUGAUUGUUAUAUCUUGUAAUGAUUAUCAAAUACGUAUGUCAAACAAGUAAAUUUUAAUUGGCUUAUUAUAUAUCUCAAAAAAUAGUGGUAUAAAUGAUGAAUAAUAUUUAUAAGUCUAAAAAAAUUUAAUUGUAUAACUAAAAGCGAAAAAUUACAAAAUAUCGAAUUAAACAGACUUGUAAACCUGAAAAGAA